AUGUACCAUCCUUCCGUCAAGGAGGUGGAACGACUCUCUUCGCAGCUCAUCUCUGAGUUUCAAUAUUUCAUAAAGAACGCAGCAUACCAAGAUGAGGAGACAGAAUAUCUCCUGGAAGAGAGCAAGGUUCUUGAGCAUCCUCCACAUGAGUCUCAUGUCUUGCGCAUUGCUCUUGUUGGAGACGCUGGGCAGGGCAAGUCUUCGUUGUUGAACUCCAUGCUUGGCCAGGAAAAUCUGGCGAUUCAUGCUGCGGACGGCAACAGCUGCACAUUUGUCGUCGUUGAAUAUGCACAAGCAACUGCCACUCAGAAGUCACCUUUCCAAGCAUCUGUGGAGUUCCUGUCCCGGCAGUCUUACCGCGAUAUGGUGAAAGAACAGCUCAAGAACUUCUGGCUACACAUGGCGAUGGAUGAUGAGGAGGUUGACGAAGAGAUUGCGAACGAACGCCGCCUGGCCUCGGGAACGUGUAUGACAGUUUUCAGCUCUCUGUUCAUGGGGCGUACAGAGUUUCAGGACAAGGACCGCGCAGAAGACUUCUUGUCACAUGCUGAGUCCGCAGAGGACCCUCGUCUUGUCGGCAAGCUUAUGAGUUGGACAGACCACAUUCUUGACGAGUUUAUGCCAGAUGGAGAAGACAACGACGUUGCCACACUCGACGCGAAUACGGCGUCACAAAUCAGUGACUCAAUCCAGCCCUUCACCAUGGCAAUGGACAGUCCCCUGUUCGAAGGCACUGAUAUCAUUUGCUGCCCAUGGCCUCUAGUCAAGAAGGUACGCGUCAGUCUGAACUCACGUAUCCUUGAUCAGGGUAUUAUCAUUGCCGAUCUUCCUGGAACAACAGACAAGAUACGAAGUCGCGUAGACAGCGCAAGACGCUAUCUUCAGCUAUGCGAUAUGACCAUCGUAGUCAACACCAUGGCCCGCGCUAUCGACCACGCUGCAUUGCACAACCACAUCAAUGAGUCGUUCAAGAGAAAGAGGUCGGGAAAUACAAUCGUCGUAGGUACGCGCUCCGAUGACAUUUCCGUUACCAGCAAGCAGUCGUUCCCGUCCAUCCCAGCGGAGGAGAAGGCGAUGGCAGAGAUCGCAGAGAAGCAAGCCGGUUUUGAGAAACAUCUCAAGGACGUUAGCGCUGCACUGAGGUCUCUGCAGCACAGGAAAGAGUCUGUCGAGAAGUACAGACUUAUCGAAACGAAAGCAAGACUUGCGCGCAAGAUCGCUGAACUCAUCCAAAGACGACAUGAAGUUCGUGUCUCUGCACGAAACCGGCACGUCAGGCAAGGCAUCGCUGAACAGUAUCGUCAAGACACCAAAGACCGAUCUCCGCUUCCAAUAUUCUGCGUCUCCAACAUCGUAUACAUGCAGCACUUAAGCGGCGGUUACCCAAAGAGCGCUCCACCAGAGCUCUCUCUCGAAGCUACCGAGAUCCCAGCACUGCGCACUCAUCUCUUCUCGCAACCCUCGUUGGGAAGAUUUGCGUCGCUUGAACAUUACUGCAAUUCUCUUCUUCCGACCUUCUUCAAUACGAUCGAGAUGUCGUGCAGCGUUUCCAAGAUCAAGCGCAAGGAAGAGCUGAACAGGACUUUCCACAAGUCUCGAGCAAGCCUGAAAGAAACAAUCGAUGACGCAGCAGACUCAUUCACUGAGCAUACGUUUGGUCAAGUCUACCAGUUGAUAGACAAGAACGAGAUGAUCUGGAUCAACCGAGCGAGGCGUAAGUGUGUUGAAUGGGCAAAACUCAAGCCAGCCGGUUACUCUGCAGUACUUCGCCACAACGGAGAAUGGAGCACUAAAACCAUCGAGCCGCAAAACUGGAAUUCGAGCCUACUGGUAUCUGUCGAAGAGCAUUUGAGUCCUGUGUUCGACCUGAUUCACGACGAGGGCUGCGACAACUUGGCCACAGAGAUUGCCGAGCGAGUUGGCGAUGCAGUUGACAAACUCAACAACGGCCUGAAAGUCGACCCCGCAGCAGCCCUCUCCGGCGCCAUCGUAGCCUUCCGAGCGAAUCUGAAAGAGCGCCGUACUCAGAUCGACAGGAUUUGCGAGAGCUUCCGCCAGAAGCUCAAAGGAGAAAUCAGAUGCAUCCAAAUCCGCGCCACCACCGAUGAGUCCAAGCACUACCUGACGGAAAUCAUGAAGCAAGUCUACAGCAGCGUCCUCGCCGCCCCGAAGGUGCGCGGCAAGCGAGUCCACGACGUGCGUUCGGAAGCCCUGCUCCGCGCCGUGACCAAGCAAGGCGGGCCAUACAAGCAGAUCGCCCAGCGCGUACAGCAAGCCUACGACGCCAAAUUCAGCAUCAUCACAGCCCAGCUCUGGGACGACCUCAACGCCGUCUUCGAGCGCACGCGCCUCGACGUCAACCGCGUGUGCUCCACCAAAGAGGACGACAGUCUCGAGGCGAAAGCCUUGCGCGCCGAGCUGCUGGCCAUGGUUCCUGACGCGCGAGAGCGGCUGGAGGAGAUCAAACGGGAGUUGCGGAAGUGUAAGCAGUGUAGGGCGGUUGUCAAGACGGAGGAGUAG